CUUUCUUUCUUUCCUACUUUCUUCCUUGUAGUAGACCAAGGAUGCCUUGCUAAACUCCCUACUGUUGACAUUCUUACCACAAUUUACUCUCCUUUUUUAUUCUCUUCCUCCAUUUCCAAACCUCAAAAAAAAAUUAAAAAAAAAAUCAAAAUUUCCAUUAUCAGUCAACAUCUCCACCUCUUUGAAUCUUUCCCUAAAUAUUCCCCAAAUCCAUCAAUUGCAAGCUCAAUCUUCCCUUUCCCCCCUUUUAUCCAGAGAUCGAUUUCCCUUUAAUUUUUGUUUUUAAUUUGAUUUUGCAGAAAUAGUAAUUACAAGGAGUAAUUAUUAGCUGAAAUUUGUCGUCCUCUUCUUCUUCAUCUUCCACCUCCCAGUUUCAUGUUAUUGUAGUCAGAGAAUCAUCAGUGCAGGGACCAGCUGGGUAGUUGGGAUAGAUAUUUCGAAAGUGAUAAAGGCAGAUUGACUGGUAGCUGUUGAAGAGAGAGAAAAGGGGGAAAAAUUGAUUGUGUUUUUGUUUUGUUUUUUGGGUUUAAUUUCUCUCUCCUUCAAUAAAUAAACAAAACCCUAAAUUAAUAUACCCAAAAAAAAAGCAGAAAUUUGGUGUUGUUGUUGGUGAUGCCGGCAGAUUUGGAUGAUUCUUCGUCACCUAAAACCACCAUGUCAAACACCACAGCAGUUUCCGGCGAAGCAGCUAGUAAUAGUGUUAUUUCCACCGGCGAUCAAUCGGAACCCUUAAAACCUCCCCUGAAAAAGAAGCGCAAUCAACCCGGAAUGCCCGAUCCAGAUGCAGAGGUGAUAGUGUUAUCGCCGAAAACACUAAUGGCGACGAACAGAUUCGUAUGCGAAAUAUGCAACAAGGGUUUUCAGAGAGAUCAGAAUCUCCAGUUGCACAGAAGAGGGCAUAAUCUACCAUGGAAGCUUAGGCAAAGAUCGAGUAAGGAAGUUAAGAAGCGAGUUUAUGUUUGCCCAGAAGUUAGCUGUGUUCAUCAUGAUCCUUCUCGAGCUUUGGGUGAUUUAACUGGGAUUAAGAAGCAUUACAGUAGAAAACAUGGUGAGAAGAAGUGGAAAUGUGAGAAAUGUUCUAAGAAAUACGCUGUUCAAUCUGAUUGGAAAGCUCAUAUUAAGAUUUGUGGUACUAGGGAGUAUAAGUGUGAUUGUGGUACUCUCUUUUCCAGGAGGGAUAGUUUUAUUACACACAGAGCGUUUUGUGAUGCUUUAGCAGAAGAAAGUGCAAGAAAUCAACCUCUUAAUAAUGGUAACAAAAACACUACUAAAAUGGAGAUUGACUCUAAAACUUCCAUUACUGCUACUGCAAUUGCUUCACCACCACCACCGCCGCCGCCGCAGCUACCACCAACACUGCCGCCAGUUCCACCAGUGUUGCAGCAGCAGCAACUUCCACCGCCGUCACCAUUGCCUGCCCCAAGGAAAUCGCCACCACCAGCACCACCGACUACUAUGGUGGCAUCCAUUUUGCCUAUUCAGAGUUCAGUUCAAGGGUUGCCGGAAAACCCGAUUCCGGUCUUGGAAGACGUACUCCCUCCUCCUCCUCCUCCACCAGUCGCGGUGGUUGUCACGGCCGGGUUAAAUGUUAGCAGCAGUGUUAGUAGUAGUAGUUGCAGUUCUAGUAGUGGUGCCAAUACUAGUAGCAGUGUGUUUGCCACCUUGUUUGCUUCUUCGUCAGCCACACCACCUAGCUUACCGUCAUCUCACCCAAACCCGGGUUUCUCAGACUUCAUUCAAACCAUGACCCGACAUGAAUGCCCGCCACCCGAACUCCCCCAACACGGACCAACCGAACCCAUAUCCCUUUGCCUAUCUUCGAGUCACGGAUCAUCCAUAUUCGGGCCCGCUGGGCCAGAACGGAGGCAGUACGCACCACCUCCACAGCCAGCAAUGUCAGCCACAGCUUUACUUCAGAAGGCUGCUCAAAUGGGAGCAAAUGGCGGGUCUUUGCUCCGCGGGCUUGGGCUUGUCUCGUCCACUUCAUCUACCGGACCCUCGGAAAGUCUUCAAUGGACUUCUCGGCAAAUCGAGCCCGAUCACAGUAGCCCCGUCCAGUCGAGCCUCGGGUUGGGCUUGCCGUGUGAUGAAGGGUCCGGAUUGAAGGAACUAAUGAUCGGGAAUUCCUCAAUGUUCGGCCCAAAACAGCCCACCCUGGACUUCCUCGGGCUGGGAAUGGCUGCUGGGGGAAGCCCAAACGGGGGCCUGUCGGCGUUAAUCACGUCAAUGGGGAACGGCCUCGACGUGGCUGCCGCUGCAGCGGCUUCAUUCAGAGGAACCGAGUUUUCCGGUAAAGACACCGGACGGAACUCGUGAUGUAAGAAACAAAGAAUGAGAAGGUAGAUUGUACAGUGGGAAGCUCUUUUGAUGAUGUUGCAGAGAAAAUCAGAUAUAUUAUUGUAGGUGGUUUUUUUUUUUUUUACUUAUUUAUGGCUAUAAUUAAAGACUAGAAGAAGAGGCAGUUGGGGUCUUUUUGAUAAUUCUGCUGCCUUUACUUACAAUGUUAAAUAUGUUGUUGUAGACUUGUAGUACUAUGUUGUAAUUCAACUACUUCUGGUUAGUCAAAAUCCAUUUCACCCUCUUUAAGUAUGUAAAAAGGGGUAUGGUGGUA